CCUCUCUCGCCCUUCUCUCGUUCCUAUAAAUAACCGCAACAAAGGUUCUCCGCUUAACCAGUUCAUUCAGCAAUUAGUUAUAUGAUCACAGUCACAAUGGGCAAGUCCUCUCUAUCUUUGCUUUCCCUUUCCUUGCUACUCUUCACGAGUGCAUGCUUCGCUACUCGCUCUGAGUUUAACAGGUUCAACCAGUGCCAGCUCGAUAGUAUUAAUGCAUUGGAACCAGACCACCGUGUUGAGUCUGAAGCCGGUCUUACUGAGACAUGGAACCCCAAUCACCCUGAGCUACAAUGCGCUGGUGUCUCUCUUAUCAGACGCACCAUUGACCCCAAUGGUCUUCACUUGCCUUCAUAUUCACCCUCUCCACAGUUGAUUUUCAUCAUCCAAGGGAAGGGAGUCCUUGGGCUUUCAGUUCCUGGUUGCCCUGAGACUUUUGAAGAGCUGCGAUCAUCACAAUCUAGACAAGGAUCCAGGCAGCAGCAACCUGACAGUCACCAGAAGAUUCGUCGAUUCUAUAAAGGUGAUGUCAUUGCCAUUCCACCUGGAAUUCCUUACUGGACAUAUAACCACGGCAAUGAACCUGUUAUCGCCAUUAGUCUUCUUGACACCUCAAAUGAUGUAAACCAGCUCGAUUCAACCCCCAGAGUAUUUUACCUUGGUGGGAACCCAGAGGCAGAGUUCCCUGAAACCCAGGAGCAACAACAAGGACGACAUCAGCAAAGGCACAGGGAAAGUUUCCCUGCUGGACGUAGGGGCGGACAGCACCAACAAGAGCAGGAAUCUGAGGACCAAAACGAUGGCAACAGCGUGCUGAGUGGCUUCAGCUCAGAGUUUUUAGCACAGGCACUCAACACCAACCAAGAUGUAGCUAAGAGACUUCAAUCUCCACGUGACAAAAGGAGUCAAAUCGUGAGAGUGGAGGAAGGUCUCCGCAUCAUCAGCCCCGAGUGGCAGCAAAAAGAUGAAGAAGAAGAAGAAAGAAGUCGCUGGGAGGAGGAUGAAGAUGAACGGAGACCAAGACACGGUCGUAAGCAAAGGUGGGAUGAAGAUGAAGAAAAAAGUCGCUGGGAGGAGGAUGAAGAUGAACAGAGCCCAAGACACAGUCGUAAACAAAGUUGGGAUGAAGAUGAAGAAAGAAGCCGCUGGGAGGAGGAUGAAGAUGAACGGAGCCCAAGACACAGUCGUAAACAACGGUGGGAAGAAGAGGAGGACGAGAAAGAAGAAGACCGUAGACUAAGGCAUCACAAACAUAGUGAAGAAGAAAAGGAAGAAGAAAGAGAACCAAGACACCCCAGACAUGAUGAAGAACAAGACGAGGAGGAAGACGAAGAAGAUAAACCCCACAGUCGUAAAUGGUGGAAAAAACACAGUAAAGAAGAGGAGGAAGAACAUAGAAGUGAGCAAAAGAGAAGCAGCAAGGAAAGAAAGAAUGGUUUGGAAGAAACUAUCUGCAGUGCAAGGAUUCGUGAGAACAUUGCUCGCCCUGGACGUGCAGAUCUCUACAACCCACGUGCCGGUCGCAUCAGCACUGUCAACAGCUUAACCCUCCCAAUCCUCCGCAGAUUACGCCUCAGUGCUGAAUAUGUUCAUCUCUACAGGAAUGGUAUAUAUGCUCCACACUGGAACAUCAACGCUAACAGCCUCUUGUACGUGAUUAGAGGACAAGGAAGAGUUAGGAUCGUGAACAACCAAGGGAACGCGGUGUUCGACAACAGAGUGAGAAAGGGACAGUUGUUAGUGGUGCCACAGAACUUCGUGGUGGCGGAACAAGCAGGGAACGAAGAAGGACUUGAGUAUGUGGUGUUCAAGACAAAUGACAGAGCUUCUGUUAGCCAUGUGAAGCAGGUGUUCAGUGCCACUCCUGCUGAGGUUCUUGCAAAUGCUUUUGGCCUUCGCCUGAAUGAAGUCACUCAAAUUAAGUCCAACCGGAACCAUGGCCCGUUGGUUCAAGCUCAAUCUCAUUCUCAGUAAAACCAUGGAAUGAAAUGAUGAGGUGGCCAUCUUAUGUCUUGAAAUAAUAAUAAAAGAAAAUAAAUUUGGAUGUACUGUAGUCAUGUACUCCA